AUGGACGCGGUGCGCCCCUGACGCUCUCUCUCUCUCUCUCUCUCUCUCUCUCUCUCUCUCUCUCUCUCUCUCUCUCUCUCUCUCUAAUUCAGGAUGGACUUGUCUCCUUCUUUUCACCUUUACCACUGACGCCGCGUUACUUCGGUUAGACAUUCCUGUGCAAGGGGUUUAGAGCUGAUCCUCUCACCGCUGUUUCGCCUUUACACUGGGUGUUUUUUAUUUGGGGUUGAACACACUCAUAUCCGGAUUCCGAGAUGGGAAUGUAUCGCCAUGUGAUGCUUUUGCACUGCUAUUUCGCCUCGAGUUUCUUGUGCACCGCCGUCGCCUUCGUAGAGGAGCCCGUCGGCGGCAGGUCGGACGGUUACUGCGGGCGGAUCCUCCGGGCGCAGACCCAGGGGACCCGUAAGGAGGGGCACCACGAGUUCAGGAUCAGAGUCGAGGGGGACCCGGCAAGCUACCAGCCGGGCAGCACCUACAGAGUGGUCCUGCUGGCAACCAGCCCCUCUUAUUUCCGGGGUUUCACCCUCAUUGCGCUGAAGGAGGGCAGGGAAGGCACCGUGGACGACGACUACAUUGGCCAGUUCCAGAACAUUGAUGAGGAGGAUACGCAGUUCAUGACCAACUGUGCCCCUGCUAUGACGGAGAGCACCCCCCGCAGACGCACCAGGAUACAGGUCUUCUGGACGGCGCCACCCACCGGGUCUGGCUGUGUUAUAAUGAAGGCCAGUAUUGUCCAGAAGAGGGUCAUUUAUUUCCAGGAUGAAGGCUCUCUCACUAUUCGACUGUGUGAGAAAGAACGUGUGUUCGGCGAGGCUACUGGAGCUCCUGCCAUGGAAUGCUGUGCAUGCGGAACAGCAAAGUACAGACUUACCUUCUAUGGCAACUGGUCAGAGAAAGUACAUCCCAAAGACUACCCGAGACGGGCCAACCACUGGUCAGCUCUGAUUGGUGCUUCUCACUCCAGAGGCUAUGUGCUAUGGGAAUAUGGGGGCUACGCCAGUGAGGGUGUCCGCCAGGUUGCUGAGUUCGGCUCCCCCAUCAAGAUGGAGGAAGAAAUUCGACAGAAGGGAGAUGAAGUGCUUACUGUCAUCAAGACUAAGGCUCAGUGGCCAGCAUGGCAGCCACUCAACCUGCGAGCAGCUCCAUCAGCUGAGUUUUCUGUUGACCGGACCUGUCACCUGAUGUCCUUCCUCACCAUGCUGGGGCCUAGCCCAGAUUGGAAUGUGGGGCUGUCGGGAGAGGACCUCUGCACCAAGGAGUGUGGCUGGGUCCAGAGGCUCGAGACGGACCUCAUUCCCUGGGAUGCAGGCACUGACAAUGGUGUAACAUAUGAGUCCCCCAACAAGCCAACCAUUCCUCAGGAGAAGAUCCGACCAUUGACCAGUUUGGACCACCCCCAGAGCCCGUUCUACGACCCAGAGGGGGGUGCAAUUACCCCUAUUGCCAAGCUGGUGGUGGAACGAAUUGCCAGAAAGGGAGAGCAGUGCAACGUGGUCCCGGACACCAUAGACGACAUUGUUGCUGAUAUUGGACAGGAAGACAAGGAGGAAGAUGACACACCAGAGACGUGCAUCUACUCGGGUUGGUCUCCCUGGUCAGCCUGUAGCAGCGCAACAUGUGAAAAGGGACGCAGGAUGAGGCAGAGGAUGCUGAAAGCCCAGCUGGACCUCAGUGUGCCGUGUCCCCACACCCAAGAUUUCCAACCCUGCAUGGGGCCAGGAUGCAGCAUUGAGGAUAGCCUUCUGUGCAUGCUGUCGCCCUGGUCCGACUGGAGCGAUUGCAGCGUAACGUGUGGGCGGGGCUUACAAACACGUCAGAGGAUGCUGAAGUCGGAUCCCGCCGGGUGCUCCGAGGAGCUGGAGCAGAUGGAGAAGUGCAUGCUGCCCGAGUGCCCCGCCGAUUGCAUGGUCUCUGAGUGGUCUGAGUGGUCUGAGUGCAAUAAGUCCUGUGGCAAAGGACACACCAUCCGCACCCGUAUGGUCAAGCUGGAGCCGCAGUUUGGGGGCAGGGCUUGUCCCGAGACCAUCCAGAGGAAGAAGUGCAAAAUCCGAAAGUGCCGGACGAAAGAAGGAAGUAGGGGCGCAGUCGGAGGGGCAGUCGGAGGACAGAGAAGGAGACGAGGAAAACAGGGAAGAGACUCAGUGGCCGAGGAGCAGUCAGGUUGCAGGAUGCAGCCAUGGACCGCCUGGACGGACUGCACCAAACCGUGCUCGGGGGGGAUCCAGGAGCGCUUCAUGGUGGCGAAGGAAAGAGACAAAGGUGCCAUGGCGGUUGGCUGCAAGGACCGGAAGGAGGUCCGCGCCUGUAACGUCUAUCCCUGCUGAAGGGGUUGGGGCUGAAAAGGUAUUACUACUGAGCAUCAGAGGAGGGGGAGUA